GGGGGGGAAGCGGCCCCUUCCGGUGCGGCCGGAAGCGGCAGUCCCAUGGUCCGGCGGCGGGAUGGCGGCGAAAGGGGCCGCGCUGCUGCUGCUGCUCGGGGCGGCAGCGGCGCCGGGCCCGGUGCGGGGCUCGCAGGGGGAUCGGGAGCCCGUGUAUCGGGACUGCCUGGCCCAGUGCGAGCGGCGCAACUGCUCGGGGGCCGGCCUGCGGCACUUCCGCUCCCGGCAGCCGCUCUACAUGAGCCUGACAGGCUGGACCUGCAGAGAUGAUUGUAAAUAUGAGUGCAUGUGGCUUACAGUGGGGCUUUAUGUCCAGGAAGGUUACAGAGUGCCUCAGUUUCAUGGCAAGUGGCCCUUUUCCCGCUUCCUGUUCUUCCAGGAACCUGCUUCCGCCUUUGCCUCUUUCCUUAACGGACUUGCCAACUUUGUGAUGUUGACUAGAUACAAAGCAUCCGUCCCGCCUUCAUCUCCCAUGUACCACACCUGUAUCGCCUUUGCCUGGGUUUCAUUAAAUGCCUGGUUCUGGUCUACAGUCUUCCAUACAAGGGACACUGAUGUAACCGAGAAAAUGGAUUACUUCUGCGCGUCCACCGUCAUCCUGCACUCCAUCUACCUGUGCUGUGUCAGGACCCUGGGUCUGAAACGUCCAGCCUUUGCUAAUGCCUUUGGGGGUUUUCUGAUCCUCUUCCUGGCCUGCCAUGUCUCGUACCUGACGCUCGUGCGCUUUGACUAUGGCUACAACAUGGCCGCAAACGUGGCGAUCGGCCUUCUCAACCUCUUCUGGUGGCUGGGCUGGUGCGUCAGGAACCAGCAGCGCCUCCCGUACGUGUGGAAGUGCGUGGUGGUGGUGCUGCUCCUUCAGGGCCUGGCGCUGCUCGAGCUGCUGGACUUCCCGCCCCUCUUCUGGAUCUUCGACGCACACGCCAUCUGGCACAUCAGCACCAUUCCUGUCAACGUCCUCUUCUACAGUUUCCUCCGUGACGACAGCCUGUACCUCUUGAAGGCGAACUCGGACAUUCUGAAAAUAGACUAAAGUUGUCGGGGGGGGUCUGCCGUGCGGAGAGGAGCUGUCCCCUCUCUGACAUGCGAGACCUUCUGAGCGCCUUUCCCAGCAGCAUGCCGGGUCUCAAGCCAGCUGCUCUCGAGAAGCGGUGAUGUUGUGCUCUUUCAUCGAGUCCCUGUCCGGAAUCUGUGGCCGUGCCGAGACCUGCUCUCUGCCUUCUUUGACUCCUGGGUGCACCAGAAUCCUGGGUAAACGUCACCCUCCGCCAGCUGAGUUUUGUUUCCUCUUUUCUUGCCUUCAAAAGUUUUUAAUUCUAAUCCCAUGACUCGUUCUAUUAGAACAUCAACGAUCCAUCUCGCCCACACGCUCCCCCCCACACACUGUAAUUAAUGCUCUUCUGUGCUACCGGGCAACAUGGUGUGUUUCCGUUUCCACUGUUAUGAAAUCUGUUUGAUUCUCAGCUUGCUGAGGGAUUUCAGACUAAGUGGGAAAUGUUGGUGAACCAACUGGUGACUCGGUAGACUGGAAGAUGUCGCGAGCAUGUUGGGGGGACAUCUGGUCAUGAAGUUGUGUGGCCCACAGGACCUCAGACUCUGCAGUCAGCCGCUGCGGAAAUGGGUUAUUGUAAAAUCUGUGUAAAUAAGAUGGGUGGCCCAGCAGGAUAAGCUGCUCUGUACAUUAGAUUCACUCAUCCUCUGAGAAUCGAGCCUGUGGUUCCGUGCCGUGAAACCUCCUUCAGUAGUUGUGGGGAGGUGGCUCUCCCAGGCUGUGGGGCACUUGGGGGGCACGUGGGAGCUCUUUGCUGUGCAGAGGUGAUGUUUUUGAAAUGGGAUACUCGGCGCAGUGUGAAAUGCCAGGCUGACUCGGGCAGUUCAACACUUAUUUUUCCGCUCCUUGACAAACCUGCUCUGAUGAAUCCUGUGCCCUCUAAAGAGGGAAAUGCCCCUUUCUUGCAAGGAGAGGGGGCGCUAAGGUCCCCCAAAGAUUCCCUAGUCCCUGCAUACCACUUUAAGUCACCCACAUGUUGUGGCCAGUCCACCAUCCUUUCCGGCUGUCAAGUGCUGAGAAGGGACUCCCUGCAGCGCUGAGAUGAGGGCCUCCUGGCUGGGGGUGGGGUGGGGAGGGUGACAUCUGCCCCCCCGUUAUUCCAGUUGCUGAGGGGAGCAGAUGAAAAACAGAACAGGACUAUUCUGUGCGUAAUGACAUUCCUGGCUCCCCCUUUGCCAUUGCAUUAGUCAGGGGCCUGCUGUAUGUUACAGGAUUAAGGCCUGACUGACUAAAGUGAAAGUCUGAGUGCUCUGGGCUCCGCUCGUGAAAGCAGAGAGACCAGGAAUGCGCCGAAGGGAUCAGCAAGUGCCUUCCUGAUCGCCAAAGGAAGUCAAUGAAGUAGAUGAUAGCUCAUCGCAAAAGGUGUUAGGACUAUUGCUGUAUUGCUGUGCCACCACUAGGUGGCGAGCGUUGCCAAUCCAUUGACAUUUCAAACUCUCCCUGUCUGAGGUUUGCAGCCGGCCAGCUAGGCUGGUCCAUGUUUGCCUGAAAGCCAUCUGGCAUCCGUGUGCCCUGUGCCACCAGAUGGGGCUUGGGACAUUGGGUUGAGAGCCCAUGAAUCUGGGUGUCCUCCGUUGUAUUGUGCUGUACGGUCUCCUAGAGAAUUCAUGCCUUGUGUCUGAAUGGGCCCAGCCUGCGUGUGACCCUGUUAGGACCGUUCGUGGUUCUGUGAAAGGCUUGGUGUUAUUAGCUCAGACUUCUAGUCUGCAUGGGGCUGCAGGGGUUGAUUUGCGGGAGUGUGUGUGUGUGUGUGUGUGGCUUGUUUGCAAAAUUAGAUUUACUUCCAUUGUUAAGAUAAAGUCCAGGUGUGUGGGUUUUGUUUUGUGGGGGAGUGUGAUUGCACUCCAGUUGGGAACUGGAUUUUGUUUUUGUGGGUGCAGCCCUGAGUAACCUCCAUGGCUGGGCUGGGCUGCCCCCCAACUCACAGAUGUGGCGCGAGAGAAGGGGGUAAUACACAAGCUGGUCCGAGCAAGGGACAGGAAGCCAAGAACUUGCCAGGGGCCUGAGGUGCAAUGAGUCUGGGGAACUUGGUCCCUUCGGCACCGACCCCGCAAAGCGCUUGCUCCCCAGUAAGGACCUGAGUGGUUCCAUUGACUUAGCUGGGACUGCCUGAGGCUCUGAUCCGGAGCCCUUUGCAGUCAGUGGACAGGUCAGACGUCGUGCUUGGCGGACUGGGCCAUACAGAAGUCUGCGAGGACGAUGGCUUGGAGAACGUGAGCGAAGCUGGGAAGUCCUGGCAAGUGGCUCCCUAGAGGACUCGUAUUUAUGUUGACGGCAGUUAGCACAAUAGCUUGUGUUCAGUGGAAAUUAGAGACUAUGGCAGCAUGGUGGUAACCCUGGAGAACUGUGUGUGUGUAUGUAAUUGACUACAUACCAUGAUGUUUGCCCCUGCCUAGGUGCAGAUGUCUGUCCAUCUGUAUCUCUGUCGCUGCUUUGUCUCAUUGUUCAAAACCCAAACUCUUGAACUUAAGUUGCCUGUAACAUCCUUGUCCCGGUGAUGAGGAAAUCUUCUACAGCCCGUAUGUUUGUCCCAGAGUUUUGUAUGUCUCUCUCUCUUCUCUUCUGCCUUCUCCCGUGUUUAACCUGCCCAUCGCCUUCCCAGAGAAACCACCCAAUGCCCUGGCUCUCCUCCAAUUACAGAGCUUGUCAACUCCACCACUGCCCAGCUACACUGAGCCGCUUAAUGCAAAGAGUGACUUCUGCAUGUUCCCCAGACGGCUGUGGAAAGAUCAGUCCAGACAAGCCACCUUGAAAGCUUUAGGAAAAGUAAAGGCCAGCACAAUCCUGGUCCUUAUCGCUUAUUAGCCCCUGCUCCGAAUUCCAAACACUCUCUUUAACCAUUCAUCUUGCUUCGCAGAGAUCCCAGACUAGCCAUUCCCCUGGGUGCCGGAGCCCGUAACUUUGCAGAGCCAUACCCAGUGUGAGCGAACGCAGGAGUUGUCUGGCUAGCGGAGAAUGCCAAGUCCAGCCAGAUACCGGGGCAGGGAAAUCUCAAGGUAAACAAGUAGACUCCUCUUCCUGCCGGGUGAGAGCCGUUUGCGGAGUGGUGCAGGUCCUGCCGCACAGGAAGGGUCAUCCCCACGCAGGUGGAUCUGAGCAGCCCAGGCCAGGCUCUCCAUCAGCUCGGCGUUGACAGCGCUAGGCAGGCCCUGGAAUUUCAUGUUGGAAGUGGCAUGAUUAGAGACCAUGCAUAACUCUUGAUGGGGCGCGGGGUACAAUGUAAAGGUUUGGGGGGGGGGGGCGGCUGCCUUACGCAUGUCCUCUGGGCUGAGGAACAGCAGCAGAGCCAGGAGGCCAGGGCAGCGGAAAGCGAGAGCCUCAGGGAGCAUCUGAUGGCAGCUGGUUUCCACUGGCAGGGGCUGGCUCCUGGCGGGAUCACCGGUCAGCGCUGGCCUCUCUCAGGGGGCUCAGCUCAGAGCUGUGCCGCCCGCCCUGCCUGGGGAGUGCCCAGCCAAGCAGAGGCCGCCCAGCUCCGGGAGCAGAGCAGCUGGGCAGCCAGCCAGCGCUCCGGCUCCCACAACACAGAGAGUCGGGGGCCCGAGCGGGCUGGGCAGCUUCCCACCAGCUUCCAGUCCUCUGGCUCCUGGCAAGAGGCGAUGGGGCCCCACGGUUUGAAAACCUGAGUGCUAAAUGGAGGGCAGAAAUCGGGGGGGCUCACGUGCCCCCCCCUCUGGGCGUGAUGUGCACUGAUCACGAGCAGUGAGAGGGGAUGAGUGGAGCUGAUAGGAUGGCAGCUGGCGCCGGGUGGCUGGAACUGGCUGCAGCUUUUCCCACAUUCAGUGCAUUGUAGAGGGUUCCUUCUCUGGCCAGGGGAGUGAUGUGUCUGACUCGCUGGGACCUCUCUUGCAGCCAGUGGAUUUACUGGUCUCUUCCCUGGAGGGAUUCUGUAUCUUCCCGGCACUGGCCCAUGUGGUUCCACAAGGCCAGGCCCUCUCCUCUCCCUCGUCGUCAGUCGCAGUCCCACCCUCUGGCCGUGCAGAGGUCCAGAGCCGUGGCUCUCAACCAGGGCUCCACCAAACUAACCCAGAGAGCAGGGCCGGCAUUAGACACUCCGGGGCCCAGGGCUGAAGUUGAAGUCCAAGCAACUUAGUUUUGAGGGGCCCCCUGUGGCAACAGGCCCUGGGCCAGGCCCUGCUUGCUACCCCCUAACGCUGGCCCUAGCUUUUAAUCUACUGGAUAUGCAGAAAACCAGUUGUUGGGGCACAGGUGGGCCAUGGAAUUUUCAAAGCAUGUUGGGGGGUGCUCAGAGAGGUUGAGAACCCCUGGUCCAGAGAAUGGCUCCUUCCCCUUGGUAGCCUCUCCUGCCUUCCUUACACCGGGACUGCAAUAGGGCAGCUGGGCUCGCUUGCCAAGGACGGCACCCACUGGCGUAUCUGCUGCCUCCUAGGUCGCUGGCGGCCUUCAGCCUGUUACUGGAAGGAGUCGCAAUAGGCCUCAGUAUCCUCUUCUGAAGGUGCUGCGACAUGGCUGGGCUUCCCCAGGUGGGACUGGUGCCAGCAUUCCCUCCUGGCACUCCAGCCCCUGCUCUGGCCCCUGGAGAGCCAGCGUCCCUUCUCCCCACUUGCUCCAGGGCUUGGCACCUGCUAUGCAGGUCCAGGGCUCUGACCUCACCUUUCCAUCCAGCAGCCAUCCCAGGGCCUUGCCUUAUUCCCGCCUGGUCUCCUGUAGUCACUGUGGCCUGAGUCUCAGGGGAAGCAUCUCUGGGGAAAAAAUGCCCUGCCUCUGGCUUUAAACCGUAGUUUUCCUUGUUUGCUGCGAUUGUGCGUGUGCUGGAGCAGAUCAUUUUCAGGCCAGUUUAAAAACUCCUGUUGCACUGGGAGAGCUUGAUCCAUGAGCCCCUCCCUCCCCCUGGCUUUCCACCGGCAUGCUGUACCCUAGCAAGGAGGAGGCAUUUGGUGUGAUGCUGUAGUUAGCAGGGUUGUAAUGGAGGCUUCUCGUGGAAAUUCUUGCCAAGAACAGACUGAUGGCUGUGCGUGCCGGGGUGUACAACAGGUGAUCGUACAGUGAAAGCAGGUGAAGUUUCUCUUGGGUGUGUGUGUGUGUUGGUGUGAAACGCAGCUCCUGGCCUCUGAGAGCUCUGUGCCAACUUCUUACUGAAAUGUCCCAGUGUGUAAUUUUAGAAGUAGAAAACAAACAGCACAUCCUCCCUAGAUAGCUCCCACCCAACGCAGCACAUCGCGUGCUCGCCCGCUGUCCAGUCUCCCUCGGAGCUAUCGCCAGAGCCUGGCAUCUGUUUUUCACAUGGAAAAUGACCGGACAUUCUCCUGGCAUCGCCCCUGCCAGCCACUUCAGCUGGGCUUGGUAACAGAAUUUCCUGAAGGUGACCUGAAAGUGCUGUUGGUGGGAGCAGCUGCUUUGCUGCGGGGGAAGGGGAGAGCAUAGAUUUGUGGGUUUCUUUUUCCUCCGUUUCCGAGGCUAUUUCCUUUUCUGGUUAUACAGGUGAUGGGUUGGGAUAAUCUGUAUAUAUCAUGGUAAUAAAGGAAUGGGGGCAGAUUUUCUAUCACUGUACAGCCCACACACGUGUCGUAUGGGGAUGUGAAUGUGACUAACGUGUAUUCUAUUGCUGUUUCACUUCUUAAAUCAGCUCUUUGGAGCGUGAUCAAUUAAUUUUAUUAGACUUGGGUCAAGUCGACGAUUAUUGCAAACGGUGCAAAUGAACCUUUGUCUGUAUUGUUGUCCUGGUUUCUCUGAAAAUAAAAUUGUAAUUAAUCUAA